AUGGAGCCGCCAUGUCGCAACAACAGUAUCGAGGAAGAGGCCUCUCCGCUCCUGUCCGGCCACCAACGAAUCCAAAACGGCUGCCCCGCCGAAGAAAACGAAGCCAACCGAGGCUCGCUUCCGAGGGUUUUCCACAGGGUGACGGUGCUGCUGACGGCCGUCCUCUUCGUCAUAACCAUGGGAAGCGGCCUCCUCGCCAUCCCAACGCUCCGUGUCCUUGAGGACAUCAUCUGCCAGCGCCAGCUUCGCGUCGGCGCAUUGAGCGGCCAUGUCGGCGAGAAUGAGUGCAAGGGCGACGCUGUCCAGGCAGAGCUGUCCUUUGUUGUCGGGAUCCAGUCCAUGGUGGAGGCUAUUCCGAGCCUUUUUCUCGCAGUUCCAUACGGACUCCUUGCCGAUAGAAUUGGCCGCCGACCAGUCCUUGCCCUGUCUAUCGCGGGCAUGAACAUUGCCCUAGUGUGGAUGAUGAUGGCCAUGCGACUGGGCAACAUUCUUCCCAUCUGGACCAUCUGGACAUCUGCUGCCUGGCAGAUUGUCGGCGGCGGGAGCAGCGUCAUGAUCUCCAUGGUUUAUUCCAUGAUUGCAGAUGUCGAGACGGCUGACACUCGGGCCAACGCGUUCUACAUGGUCAUUGUCGGCGGUCUCUUCGCCAACCUGAUAGCCGUGCCUGUCUCGGCGCAGCUGAUGCAGCACUCUCCUUGGAUACCCCUUCUGGGUGGCCUUGGUCUGGUCGUCGCCGGCUGUGCAGGCGUUGCCUUUGUGCCCGAGACGCUCCGCGCAGCCAAGAACCCUUGUUCGAUUCCCGAUGAAUGCGAUGGCGAGACAGAUAGGAGCCAUGGGUCCUUCAUAGGCGGCGUCAAGCGGCACCUGUCCCGGACCAUGGCGGAGCUCAGGAGCUCAACCGCCAUGCUGCGCUCCGGCGCCAUCGUCGCCCUCGUCUUCACCUUUUGCGUUCAGGGCUUCACCGAAAGUGCUGCUAGCUUUACCGUCCAAUACCUAAGCAAGCGGUUCCACUGGCCGCUGUCGCGUGCCGGAAUGCUCUUCUCGGUCGGGACCUUGAUCAACAUCUUACUCCAUCUCGUCAUUCUCCCUGGAUGCUCGUGGAUUAUGGUUUCGCCACGUUUCAUGUUCAGAUGUCGUCCGGAGACCAAAGACGUCAUGCUCGCACGAUCAUCGGCACUGCUUCUAGUUCUCGGAUCGUUCCUGCUGGCGUGGCCAUCUCUACCCGCCGUGGUCUCUGGUCUAGUCAUCUUCACCUUGGGCUCAGGCUUCCAGUCCCUCUGCAGAGCUCUCGUCACAACUCUCAUCGACUCGGAGCACACGGCACGGCUCUACACGCUCAUCGGCGUGGUCCUGGCCUUCAGCUCACUCGCUUCAGGCCCGGUCAUUGCGUGGCUGUUUAGCAAAGGCUUGCAACUGGGGGGAUACUGGAUUGGCCUGCCGUAUUUUGGCGUCACUCUUCUCUGCUGCAUCGCCGCUCUGGCAGUCUUUGUUGCACGCCUGCCGCCGCUCCCAGCGGUCGCAGAGUGA